AUGUCCACCUUGACGUUUCCGUUUUCCAGCACCCAGAUCGAUUGUGUCAGAUGCAUCUGGUACAAUCUUCGGAUCAUUGCCGUUAGACGGUCGGAAGCCACGCCUGAAAAUGCCCCCAAAAAGCACACUCCCAUGCUCCGUUCCUCCAAGUCACUUCCUUCCAUCAGAGCCCCUCAAAAGUCCCCCAUUUUGACGGUCAAGACGGCUUUCAUCGUCAAGCAUCUCCCCAACUUGCCAACUUUCCAGUACCAGAUCUGCUCCAAAUUGCGUCAGAUCGACCACAACAAGUCUGCCGAUGCCCGAGACCGAUCUAGCUUGCCGACAUUGGACCCCAGCCUCCUAGAGUCGCUCAUCUUCAAAUAUCGUUUGGACAAGGUGUUGGACUUCAUAGCAAUUGCAGUCACUUACUUGGAGCUCCGACUGCCCAUUCCCGAAACAUACGUCGAGUGGUUGACCAACGACGAGGGAAUCCGUCAGUGGAGCCCUCACCAGUUCGAGGUGUUUUCACAGGCGUUGCUCGAGACAUUACACUUCGAGUCCAACGAGGAGGAGUCGGUGUUUCAGAAAUUCGUAUCGUCCAUCUUUGACUUUGUCAUGGGUAGGACGUUGGGGUCCAUGUUGGAGCGGUUACCUUCACCUACUAUUGAGCCCCAGCUCGAGCCCCAGGUCAGUAUUACUCGCCUGUCAUAUUCGCUCGGAACCAUCACGAGCCAUAAAUCUUUGGAUAAUUCGUUAUUCUCGGACUCUGGGAACGGAAGCGAGUCUUUCACCACUAACGAGACGUUUCAGCGCCGCAUGCCCAUGUGCUCAGAAAGACAGAAGAAGGGCCUCUUCAAAAGAAUUGCCAGCUCGUUUCGGUUCAAGAAAUUGAGGUCUGUGCUGACCAGCAACAGUCCAGAGCCUCCAGCCAGAACUUCCCCUGCCAGCAGUGGUAGCCAGGCUCCAGUCAGUAUGUUGCUGGCCACGGAUACGCUUUCGAGGUCAACCACAAUUUUGCAAUCAGGAACGUCAUCGAUACAACGAACUAGCGAUGACCAAAAUACACCCAAGAAGAAGACUACCAUGAAGUCGUCCCCUUCUGUUAGUCACAUAGUCAUGCUUGAUGGCAGUCUAAUGCCGGUGUCCAGGAUUCAUGGUGGAUCUCCUGCAGUUCCUCCCAAAUCUACAGUGCCUCCAUACCAGCCAGACAGUGACGAGGAAUUUUAG